UGUCUAUCUGUGACGUCAUGCAUCGUCGGCGCUCUCGUUUCUGUUCAGGCAGAAUUUGCGCGCCGUUACCAUAAAACAUCAUGCGAACAAAUUCAAAUCUCAUUCAGUAUUCCAUGUAAAACCAUUGGUAUAUUUCCAGGGACCGCAUGAAAGCUGGAUGUCAACGCCAAUUUCGUUCGCUCAGUAGCACAUGAUCAAACUUCUUCCCUUUCUAUUCAUGAUAGAUGCCGAAAAACCCGGAAAUCAGGGAUAUAUCAUUAAGAUGUCAUAUAAUGCAAACUCUGAAAGCCUUAACUACCCGAGCCUCUCCGUUCCAAUGGUCCAUAAGAAACCACCCGAUCCUUCGCGUUACAAUCAUCUCUCUUCCAUACUGCUGCACGCCUGUUUAGAGCCUAAACAACGAAAUGCUGCCCAACGAUCCAAGACGCAUAGGACUCCGUGGAGGAGCCUCGACGAGUACGCCCGCGCAUUCGCCCCAGGAAAGCGACGAGGAAAAAAGCGUCAACAGAAAGGAUGCCAAACCUCAGAAGGAUGCGAUCCGUAGCCCUAGAGGGAAUCGAAACGCAAGUGAGAACAGGGGCGGUGCAGUUCCUGGCGCAGAUGGUGGAGUGUCGGAUCCUCUGGGUUUGAAAAGUCGUCUUGAAUAUGGUACGAGCACCUUGCGCCCCAAGUCCCGACAACAGCACUGACGGUUUAAAAAACUGCGCCAAUUCGGAACAGUGUGCUUCGACGAAACGAGAGUACGUUAAUUGUGUCCGCAACGGGAGCGGAGAUGCCAGCUGUGUCG